AUGGGUAUCAAAGGCCUGUACCCGAUCAUCAAGGAAAACUGCCCCGAUGCAGUGAAGGAGGGAGAGAUCAAGACACAGUUCGGCCGCAAAGUCGCCAUCGAUGCCUCCAUGUCCCUCUACUCGUUCCUCGUCGCCGUACGCAGCGGCGGCGAGCAGCUCAUGUCAGACACCGGCGAAACGACCUCACAUUUGAUGGGCAUGUUCUACCGCACACUACGCAUCGUCGACAAUGGCAUCAAGCCCGUCUACGUCUUCGACGGCGCCCCACCAAAGCUCAAGUCCGGAGAGCUCGCCAAACGAUUCCAGCGCAAGUCAGAGGCACAAGAGUCGCACGAGGAGGCCAAAGAGACGGGAACAGCAGAGGACGUGGAGAAGUUCAGUAGGCGGACAGUGAGGGUCACUCGGGAGCACAAUGCAGAGGCUCAGCGCUUGCUGAAGCUCAUGGGUAUUCCAUACAUCAUCGCACCUACCGAAGCAGAGGCACAGUGUGCGGUACUGGCUCGAGGAGGAAAAGUCUUCGCUGCUGCGUCAGAAGAUAUGGACACCCUCACAUUCGCCUCACCUGUUCUCGUGCGAAAACUCACAUUCGCCGAACAGCGCAAGGAGCCAGUGCAAGAGAUCCACCUCGAUCGUGUGCUGGAGGGACUGGAGAUGGAUCAGACGCAAUUCAUCGACUUCUGUAUUCUUCUUGGCUGCGACUACCUCGAUCCCGUCAAAGGCAUCGGUCCGAAGAGUGCACUGGCGCUGAUCAAGGAGCACAAGACGUUGGAGAACGUGGUCGUAUACAUUGAGAAGUCGGGCAAGUACACACUCCCAGAAGACUGGCCAUACCAAGACGCACGCCAGCUGUUCCUCGAGCCGGACGUCCGCCAAGCUGAUGAGCCAGAGUGCGAGUUCAAGUGGGAGGCGCCUGAUGUCGACGGACUGGUCAAGUUCUUGGUCGAGGAGAAGGGCUUCUCCGAGGACCGAGUCCGCAGCGGCGCGUCUCGGCUGCAGAAGAAUCUCAAGUCCGGGCAGCAGUCUCGUCUGGAAGGCUUCUUCAAGGUGCAGGAGAAGACGGAUGAGCAGAAAGCCAGCCUCAAGCGCAAGAAUGAGGAGAAGGUCGAGGCGGCAAAGAAGCAGAAGAAGGCAGAGGCAAAAGCAAAGAAGGACGCCAAGUCCAAGCCAAAGAUGAAUUCGUGA